AAGCGUGACCCAGAAAUACUUUAUAACUUGCUUUCCGGUGCUAAAGCAAAACGUGUUAUAUUUUUCUGGUGUUUUACUCUAAAUAAGAACAAUGAAUCGACAAGAUGAUUAUGAUUCAUAUGAGAUUGAAGAGCCAAGCGACGAGGAAGGAGCCGAAAGCAGCUCUGAGGAUGAGCUGGAUAUUCUUCUUAAUGGGACCCCAGACCAGAAGAAGAAGCUGAUCCGAGAGUAUCUGACGGGGGAGAGCGAGUCCUCCAGCGGGGAUGAGUUUGAGAAGGAGAUGGAGGCAGAGCUCAGCAGCACCAUGAAGAGCCUGGAGGGCCGCUGGACAGCAUCUUCAGCUCCAGGUCAAAUAUCUGGGAGCGGUGAUGCCACUUCCACAGUAGACAAGCAACAGGUUCAGGAGUAUGACAGCAUUUACUUCGACUCCGACUCGGAUGAAGAAGGCAAAGCUGGCAGCUCUCAGGGACCGAGGAGGAAGCAGCGCUCUGUUCUCACAAAUGAUGAGCUGUUAUACGACCCAGAUGAGGAUGAUCGCGACCAGGCUUGGGUGGAUGCAAAACGAAAAGAAUACAGAAAUCAGAGGCGGCUGCCACCAUCAGCGAACAGAAGAAACAAACCACACGCUAUCCCAAGCAGUGACGCUGUCCUCAACUGUCCGGCCUGUAUGACCACCUUAUGUCUGGACUGUCAGAGGCAUGAGAAAUAUCAGACGCAGUACAGAGCCAUGUUUGUGAUGAACUGCACAGUCAACAAAGAGGAAGUCCUGCGCUAUAAAACCGCAAAUAAGAGAAAGCAGAACCGGCACAGAAAGAAGGCACGUCAGGAGUCCACGUCCACAUCCACAGAGGUUGAAAUGGAGUCAAGUGCAGGUCUGACUGAUGCACGCUUGGCAGGAAUGGAUGAAGAAGAGAUGUAUCACCCAGUCAAGUGCACAGAAUGCUCCACUGAAGUGGCAGUGUAUGAUAAAGAUGAGGUGUAUCAUUUCUUCAACAUCCUAGCAAGUCACUGCUAAGAACAUUUACUGGACUUAAAGUCCAAACCACACUUUUUGGUUUGGUUUAAUGUUGUGCAUCGCCAGGCAAGUUUCCUGUAAAGUGCACAUAGAGAAAGAUAAAGUUUUUUGGGGAAUGUGGCUAGACAUGAUUUUAUUUAUAAGGCUUUUAUUUGAUUUAUAUUCUGCUGUUGUAAAAUGUAAACACUUUCAUGUGAUCCACUUCAUGUUAAUUACAUUUCGUAUUUGCAUAAAAAGUUGUUCUAGUGCCUCAGAUAUGUUGUUCCCUUUUAUUAAAUUGUAUUUUU